AUGAUGGUGCGUCUUUUCAACGAUGGUGCAACGCCUACAUCAGGGAGUAGAACACACUCACACAAUGUCUGUCUUCUAAGAUUUCCUGAUACAAAUAGUAAUAAAGCAAAGACCGAUAUAGCUCAACGUCUGAGUCAAGUGCCGCUUAUAUUUGAAUCUUAUAAUCGUACAACAACAUCGCUAGAUGUUCGUAAUGAUAAAUUGAAACUCAACACAGCGGUACUUAAUUAUUUGAAAAAACCACCAUAUCGUUUUAUCAUCAAUCAAAACAGUAUUAAGAUAUACUGGCCGGAAAGUCCAGCAACAACACCAGGAUCAUUAGCUGCAAGUUCUCAGUCAGCUGUUCAAACUCAGUCACCACAGCAACAAAAACGUACACCCAUCAACACCGUAACAUCACCCCAUCACCCCGCAACACCGGCUAAUCUUCAAAUUACAUUACCACGCUUUAAUGGCGCUGCAGCUCAACGUCGGACUUCCAACGAUCAAAAUGCAUCAGGAAAAUCACUGGCCACUCGAUCAGUAACAAGAACAACACAAAGUCAGCAACAAAAAACUAAUAAUGACAACAAUAAAAACAAACGAAUUUGA